UUAGAAUGGCGUGCUUCAACAUUUUAAUCGUUUUGUCAUGGGUUUUUGCUUUGACUUCUGCCCAACAAGAAGACCGCUGCAAAAAGGAACAUGGAGGACUUCGAACUACAAUCAAUGACUUGAUGCUGACAUAUAAAAAGGACAUUGGGCGUUUAGAAGCGCUCAUCCAGGCAAACAGCGCUAAAAAAGAGAAGGACAUUGCCGUAUUGCAAUUUGAAAAUGCUCAGCUGAAGAAAGAGAUGGAAUCGUUGAAACAGACGUCCACGCAAGGGUUCGCUCAAGGGAGGAACCGUAGGGCUCGUCGACAGGGUUCGGAAGGACCAGCGGCCUUCACUGCAUGUAUUGGGUCUGCCGAUCUGACCAAUCUUGGUAACCAUCACGUGAUUGUAUUCGACCACCUUCUCACAAACUAUGGCAACGCAUAUCACAAUACCACUGGCAUCUUCCGCGCGCCUUCUGACGGCGUCUACGCGUUCCAUCUGUCGGCAAUGUCUACAGCCCACCACGCUUUGUACCUGGAAAUCGUACAAGAUGGUCGAAGAAUCGACGAUGUCCUGUCCGAUGCCGGAUCAAGCUCAACUUACGCCAGCGUCGGUGAAAUGUGGACCCUAAAGCUACAGCGUGGGUCCGAGGUUUGGAUACGUGCAAGAGUUGCCCCUAACACAGUCGCUGACAUCCAUGGAUACUGUCAUACCAUGUUCUCGGGGUUUCAGCUGUUUGAAAUCGAAGGCAUGAACCUGAUUGGUUAAGCAUUACGUUUCAAUAAAGUGUCUGAAACCUG